AUGAGUGGGCACGCACACACGCGACCGCCGCGUCCGAUAGACACCACUACACUGGCAAUUUCCAGCGGAGCACGAACGCGAGCACACUCACAAGCGAGUCUCGUGAAUCAUACGCUGUACGCGUCAGUGUUGGCGCGGGUGGGAGUGCGAACACGCUGCGUGCUUUUAGCUCGGCCAGACGAAAUGAUGCCUAACUGCAAAAGAGAACGUGAAGUGUAUCGGUUUUACAAAAUGGCCGGUUAUGAUUGA